GAGCAUCCAUGCCCAUCAAAUUGGCUGCAAACAGGCCGUAACUUCCCAAAACCUAAAUUGCGACAUCCACAAGCGACCAUAAACCCCAAACCGCCGAACCCUCUUGCCCUCACGGCGGCCCCCAACACCACCACCACAACCCCCCCCCCCCCCCCUCUUUCUCUAUCAAGCUCGUCUCUCUCCCUCUGUUCUGCUAUAACAAACUAUUGGGUGUGCUGUGUUUUGAAAAAAACAUCACCAGAAGAUGUCUACCCAAGGGGGUAACUUGAAGUCGACAGCCAUAAAUGGGGUGAAGAUGUACACUAUUUCUGGCCAACACCGUUCCUUGGCCACCUGGCUUGCUCCCAAGAAGCUCAGAGCUCUUCGCAAAGAUAAAGAUUAUAUGCAAAGGGUGGAUUUGGUCCAGGAUCUGAGAUUUGAAACAGCGACAAGUAGAAUCAAGGCAACUCCUGAUGGGGAGUAUCUUAUUGCGUCAGGUAUUUAUCCUCCACAAAUCAAGGUAUAUGAGCUGAGGGAACUUUCGUUGAAGUUUGAGCGGCACUUCAUUUCAGAGAUAAUUGACUUUGAGGUUUUGGGUAAUGACUACUCGAAGAUGGCAUUUCUAUGUGCUGAUCGAUCUGUUUGUCUACAUGCAAAAUAUGGGAGUCACUAUAGCUUGCGGAUUCCAAGGAUGGGAAGGGAUAUUGCAUAUGAUUGCUGGUCAUGUGACUUGAUUUGUGCUGCCUCUUCUCCGGAUGUAUACAGAAUAAACUUGGAACAGGGACGUUUCCUCUCAUCACUCAACACACAGUCCCCAGCUGUAAACGUAGUUACUAGAAGCAAGCGUCACGGUUUAGUUGCAUGUGGUGGAGAAGACGGUGCAGUGGAAUGCUUUGACAUGAGAGUGAGAUCUUCAGUCGGAAGAAUAAAUGCUGUUGCUCCUGCUGGUGAUAUUGACCAGGAGGUCACUGCAGUAGAGUUUGAUGGGGAAGGAGGCUACCUCAUGGCUGUUGGAAGUAGUGCGGGAAAGGUAUUGAUUUAUGACUUGCGUUCUUCACAACCAAUGCGAGUGAAGGAUCACAUGUAUGGCAGCCCAAUUUCAAAUAUUAAGUGGCAUCAAACUCUUAACUCCGAGCGAGCGAAGUUAAUUACUACUGAUAAUAAAAUUGUCAGGAUUUGGGACCCAGAGACGGGAGAAGGCAUGACCAGCAUUGAGCCAACAGCUGGAGCAAUAAAUGAUAUUUGCGUCUUUGAUGGAAGUGGGUUGAUACUGUUGGCUCUGGACUGCAGCCAGAUACCAUCUUAUUUCAUACCAGCCCUUGGACCUGCGCCGAAGUGGUGUUCUUACCUUGAAAACUUGACGGAAGAGAUGGAGGACGGUGCUCAAACAACUAUUUAUGAUGAUUUCAAAUUCUUAACCAAAGAAGAUCUCGAGAGGUUGAAUUUGACAAAUUUAAUUGGCACCAAUCUUCUAAGAGCUUACAUGCAUGGGUUCUUCAUUGAUUAUCGCUUGUAUAAGAAGGCACAAGCAUUGGCAGAUCCAUUUGCCUACGAUGAUUAUAUAGAAAAGAGAAAACAGGAGAAACUGGAGGCUGAACGUGCCUCUCGUAUUACGAUUAAGAGGAAACUGCCUAAAGUCAACCGGGUUCUUGCAGCUCGUCUUCUUGAAGAUGAAGAAGCGGAAAAUGAAAGAAAAGAUGAAGAUGGGGCUGAUGCCAAGAAAAAAUCCAAGAAAAGGAAACGAUUCAGCAGUGAAAUCCUCAAAGAUGAACGUUUUGCAGCGAUGUUUGAAAAUAAGGACUUUGAAGUUGAUGAAACGUCAGCUGAGUAUCUGGCUUUGCAUCCUGUGGCAUCGAUGAAGAAACCGUCUUUGGUUGAUGAACAUUUUGAGGCAGUUAUGGAGGAUGAGGAUAGUCCAAGUGAUUCCGAUGCAUCAACGGCUUCUCAUUCAUCAGAAGAUGACCACACCAAUGACAAAAGAAAAUCUAAAAAAAGAUCUCGGGUUCUAAGAUUGUAUGAAGUGAAGGAUGAGCGACAUGCAGAAGCAUUUGCGAACCAGAUCUCACUUGCAAAGGAGGAUGCUCUUCCUUUGGGUGAAAGGGUGGCGGCUCUGACUAACGAACGGCAGGCUUCACAUAGUAUGAACAGAGUCAAAUCGGGUCCAGGAGGGUCGAGAGAGAUUUCCUUUGUUUCUAGAAGCUCAGCAAAGUACAGGGAAGAUGAGGAAGACGAUAAGGAAGAACGGCAUGGAAAGAGAAGGGGAGUGCAGUCUUUGGGGCUCAAGCCAGAUAGAUCGGGCCCGUCGGGGUUUAGAGGCAGAGGAAGAGGAAGAGGAGGUAGUCGUGGAGGAGGUAGUCGUGGAAGGGGCAGAGGAAGAGGAGGGUUUCGAGGAAGAGGCAGGCAUUGAAUUUCCAUUGAAACCGAAGGGUAUUUUUUUGGUGUGUUUGCAUAGGAUAUCACUCUUUGGUGAACCAGUUUUCGAAGACUCAAUGAACAACACAUGCACAAGAAAGAGCUCGACUGAAAUUGCUCAAUAUACGUGUUCAACUUCACUCAAGAUGAUAUGGUUUCAGACGUGCUCUGCGAUCAAGGAUUCAACUCACUCUCCCAUUCUUUUCUACCUUAUGGUUGGGAGGGUACAUAAGUUAUCUUUUUAUGCUUUUGUUUCUAUGAAGUUUUGUAUGUCUGACUGUAUUUCCUACCAAUUUAGACCUCCGAUGUUAAACUCGAAGAGAUAUGCAAUUUCUAAAUACUGACUGAAGUUGGAAAUUGCAGAGCGGGUCGUAAUUAAAUCGAGAUCUCAAGAUAUGUUGCAGGAAAUGAAUGACAUCUUAAUUUGAUAA